AUGCCGAACGGAAAGAAAGGGACGGCGCCAGCCAAGCCGCGCAGGGAUGUGCUGGCUUCGCUGCGCAUGGCGUCAUUGGAGGGAAUCUCUCGAGCUGCUCUGCCUGCAGAGAUCAUGUCAGCUAUUCUCGAUUACCUAGGGCCGGUCGACCUUAUCCAGGCAGCGAAGUCCUGCAAACUCCUACAUGAAAUGGCGUACGACGAUACUCGAUGGGUGCAACGGCUAAAACGCAUUGGAUGCUGGGAUGAGUCGGAUGCACGCAGACACGUGGAACAAGUGUAUGGAACUGUUGCCAACCUGGAGGCUGUUGAACAACAUGAGAUUGAUGAAGAGGCGAGUGGCAUAAUUUCAGGAGCUUCGGUUACUCGAGCCCCCCAUUCGGAAGUCAAUGCUAUCUCCGAUGGUUUUGACAAGAUCGAGCUGGGCAAGACAGCGACACAACUCGAAUCCUUGGAAAGCGAAGCGAGUGAUCCAGAUCUUCUUGUCUUGAAGUACGUCAGGUCGAUUCGAGGCGAAGCUCGUCAAGAGUAUGGGAGAAUCCAUGCCGCUUUAGCCCCGUUGUACAAUGACAUUGCGACAUCUGGCCCGUCCACCGAGAAUCUGGUGUUCACAAAGUACAAAGACCCACAGCUUCAAGCACGAAUGCUAUCUCAAUUAAAAGCAUUUGCAAAAAGUGAUAUGACUACGGGCUGGGAGUCGCGAGAGCAUCGUCUGGAGAGUGCAACCUCUAUGUUUGAAACCGCUGCAAUAAACGAGUUCCGAAAAGGCUACGAGACAGACGACAUUGAUGGCCUCAUGCACAAGUACGCCCACAUCCUGUACGCACUCAACGGCGGCCAAACUGCAGUCGAUAUCUUUAUCCACCAUAACCACUUGAUGACCCGAAAGUCGGAACUUGGCACCGUGUCAGAUUGUAUAGAUAGCGUUGCUGGAAAAGUGAAGAUCCAGCAUACUCAAAGCUUUUUUACACGCUUGAGUGUCGCUUAUAACGAAGAAGUCACAACUAUGAACCGAGCAUUUCCAUCGGAAUUACAAGUCGCCUUGCCUUUCAUGGAGAAGGUUGGACAGGAUGUUCUUUUCCCAUUUUUGACGGCUAUUUUCGACGAAUUGCACCGCAUCAAUAAGGAGUCUUACCUGACUGCUAUUUCUAUGACUUUUAUACAGUGUAUGAACCUGUCUGAAACCCUGUUGCCCAUACGAAACUCGGGCGAGAAUUUCGAUCAUUACCUGGAUUCUGUCGUGGCCAAAAUCUACGAACCACAUAUCGAUCUUUACCUUGCUGAGGAGUUGGAUUUUUUCCGUAAGAAUUCCGAAGCAACGGUAGAUGACUGGGAUCGCCAGCUUUCAGAGCAAGCUGCCUCGACAGAGUCAUUUUUAAUGUCCAAUGUCAACCGGGCAGCAGAUAAGCGAGAUUUCCUUACUUCAUUCAAAAAGGUCAUCAUGAUGCCAGUCAAUAUUUUACCCAGCUUUUCCAGCACCAAGGCCAGUGAGGAAGCUAAGCCGGAUGAAGCCACUGCUGCGGCUGCCUUAAAGAGCUCCAACCGAUUUUCUACCAUCUCCUCACCCUCUCCGCUUCCAAUCCAAGAAGCUCCAACAACAGAACUGGCAGCCAAGGCGCUACUCAUGAAAUCCAAGAUGGAAGGCAUUCGAUCACUAUUCAGCAUUGAAAUUGCACUCAGCCUUGUUCAUUCUGCCAAGUCCAGUCUUGAGAGAGCCGCCCAGUUUGUCAGAUUGGGAGGAGACUAUGGCAAAGCAGCCAAGCAACAAUGUGAGGCCAUAUUCGUGGAUCUCCUGCGUAUCUUGGGCAAUCAGCAUGUGAUAGUUGGCUUUGACAAAGCCGUUGAUCAUCUAUCGAAUUAUCGGCCACGUGAACAAGAGGAGCGUGACCAGUCCGGGGUUGAGCCUCUAGUUACAUUCCUAGAGUUAGUCAAUGUCGGUGAUCUGAUCCUUCAGAUGGUGGAUGUAUUUUAUGAGCAAGAGUUAGUCGGUACGCGUCUCACUGAUCGCCAUGACUUCCUUGACCCUGCCGUGAAGGAGAAAAAGAAGUUUGAGCAAAUGCUAGACGAGCGGGUUGCUGCUGGAUUGAACAAGGGAAUUGACGUGCUUAUGGAGGAAGUCGACUACAUUCUUGCCACGCGUCAAUUGGCUACUGAUUUCAAUCCAGAAGUUUCAUCGGAUCCACAUCGACAGACCAUGGAUGUGGGAGUCAGUGCAGUCGCGAUAGCUGUAGUGGAUGUGGUGUCAUCGCACACGCAGAUGCUAGUUGGUAGCACCGACAAGAGCACAUUGGACGUAUUCAACCAAGAAGUUGGGCUACGCCUCUUUACUGCAUUGUGCAAGCACCUCAAGCGUCAGCGGAUCAGUAAUGAGGGAUCAUUAAAGCUGAUCAGUGACAUGAACCACUACUUCAAGUUCAUCCAAACUCUUCGAAACAACGAACUUCUCUUAUACUUCAAGGCAUUCCGUGAACUCGCUCAGAUAUACCUGAUUGAUGCGUCCCAUGCCAAGGAACUGGCGACAAUCAUUGCUGACGCCGAUCGUUUCCAAGGCGUCUGGGGCGUUGAAGAGGUAUACGAGUUUGCGGAACGUCGAGCGGACUGGUACCAAGUGAAGAAUAAUGUGGAACGAGCCAUGUAUGGCGCUGGGUGUAGCGUGAUGUGA